AUGACCGUCACCUUCUUCGAGCACCCGGCGUACCAAGGCCAGUCGCUUACCGUCGCCGCGGCCGACGACGCCGCCGCCGCGCUCCAGCGCUGGUCCAAACCGAUUCAAUCCAUCACGCUCGAUGCCAACACGGAGCUCGUGACCUACGAUCGUCCAGAGCGACAAGGCCGGACCGCGAUCUGGCGCUCCUCGACAACACGCCUCGGUAGCUGGACUCAGCGCGUCGCUUCGUUCGACCUCCGACGAGCAGACACGGAAGCGACAGUGCUGGACACCAACUGGAAGCACCUCCGCGUUCCCACGGGCUACGUGCAA